AUGCCUUCGGACCACCGCCGCCGCCACCACACACUGGAGCGCGUCGAAGAUGCGAACGAGGUACGUACGCCUUUCCCUCUUGUACUACUCAACUAUGGUCUUAUUCCUUAUCUGUCUUGGUGCAGAUCAUCAACAGUUUGCGGGCGGUGUACCGCGGUGGGCCUCUUUCGGCCCGGGGACACACCCGGCACACUCGUCGGCGAGAUUGGCUCGCUUGACAUCGUGGCCUCGCUCUGCUCGGGCCGCCAGGCCGCCAUCAUGCCCGCAGGCGCUCAUCAGUACUGUCUGCACGAUCGGCGCCACGCCUCCUGGCCACGCGCGCCCGUCGAGCACAAACCCAGCACGCUCGUCGGCGAGAUUGGCUCGCUCGACAUUGUGGCCUCGCUCUUUUCGGGCUGUCAGGCCGCCAUCAUGCUCACGCGUCUCGGUACUACCGGCACAAUCGAUGCCGCGCCUCCUAUCGCGUCGGGUACCGCGGAGCACACCCAGGUUGUCAUCAACGCACAGGCCGUGCCAGAGUUCAUCAACCUUCUCUCUUCGCCCAUGACAGAUGUUUGCGAGCAGGCAGUCUGGGCGCUCGGCAAUAUCGCUGGUGACAGCCCCCGGUGCCGCGAUUACGUUCUCAAGGCUGGUGCGCUUCGUCCGCUCCUUGCCCUCCUUAGCGAGAACCACAAGAUCAGCAUGCUUCGCAACGCGACCUGA